CUAACGUUUAGAUAAGAAUUCAAAACUUUUCGAACAUCACAGCUGCCCGCGAGGUUUUGCUUUGUAUUAUUUUCGAACAAAAUCAGGUAAUUCUUUACAUUCAACAACUUUCUGGAUGUUCUCAAUUAAAAACAUUGUCAUAAAUUCUAUAAAAAGGCCAACACUCUCAUUAUUAUCAAGUCGAAUGUCAGCAACAUCACCAGAAGCUAAGAAAAUGAAAAUUGCAUCAAAUACAAUCGGAACACAUUCAGGAACAUUUCAUUGCGAUGAGGUUCUUGCGGUUUUUAUGUUAAGAAAUCAUCCAGAAUUCAAAAGCCACGGAUUAUUGAGGUCUAGAGACCAAAGUUUAUUAGAUCAAUGUGAUAUUGUUGUGGAUGUUGGUGCUGUUUAUGAUCCAUCAAAGAAAAGGUACGACCAUCAUCAGUCGACAUUUCAAGAGACAUUUUCAUCAAUUCGAUCAGAUUUUGGAGAUAAAUUUGGAAAUAUUAGACUCAGUUCUGCUGGCUUAGUCUACGUCCAUUAUGGUGAAAAAAUCAUCACAGAAGUCCUCAAGCAAUUUGACACAACAUUGACGGACAAUCAACUCAAAAGUGUCUUUAGUAAAAUUUAUUCUGGAUUUAUACAAGAAAUUGAUGCAAUUGACAAUGGAGUUCCUCAAUUUGAUGGCGAGCCAAAGUAUCGAGUCAAUUCUCACCUUAGUAGCCGAGUGAAAUCAUUCAAUCCUGACUGGAUGGACGACAAAACACCACAAGAAAUUGAUGAGGCAUUUGAGGAAGCUGUCAAGUAUGUCGGUAAUGAAUUUAUUGAAAAAAUUAAAUUUUUCGCACUUUCGUGGCUGCCUGCAAGAAAGAUUGUAGAGGAAGCUGUUCAAAAUCGACUUAAUGUCCACGACAGUGGAAGUAUUAUUGAACUUCAUAGAUUCUGUCCAUGGCAAGAGCACUUAAGGGACAUUGAGAAAGAUCAUGGAAAUGUUGAAAUUAAAUUUGUCAUUUUCAAUGGCGGUGGUAGAGACAACGAUUUUCGUGUUCAAGCAGUUCCAGUUGAACAAGGUUCAUUUGUGUGCCGGAAGUUUAUCAACAAGAAAUGGUUUGGAUUGAGAGAUGAGGAGCUAGAGAAAGUAUCAGGAAUUAAAGGAGGAAAAUUUGUUCAUGCAACUGGAUUUAUUGGUGGGAAUCACACUAGAGACGGUGCUCUUGAAAUGGCUAUAAAGUCACUUGUUGAUGAUGAAUAAAUGUUGAAAGAAAACAAUAAACUAAAAUUUUCUAGUAAAAUUG